CGGUGACGGCGAUGGUGAACUGCGCCAACAACACGGGGGCGAAGAACCUCUACAUCAUAUCAGUGAAGGGGAUUAAGGGGAGGCUCAAUCGAUUACCGUCGGCGUGCAUUGGGGACAUGGUGAUGGCCACGGUUAAGAAGGGGAAGCCCGAUCUGAGGAAGAAGGCCAUGCCUGUCGUCAUUGUGCGGCAGCGCAAGCCGUGGCGCCGAAAGGAGGGCGUCUUCAUGUACUUCAAAGAUAAUGCUGGUGUCAUUGUGAAUCCAAAAGGUGAAAUGAAAGGAUCUGCAAUAACAGGUCCGAUUGGAAAGGAGUGUGUUGACUUGUGGCCAAGGAUAGCUAGUGCUGUGAAUGCUAUUGUUUAGGAGUAUCAAUCCAAAGUGUUUGGAAAAACUGGUUUUGUUCGUCUGCAACUCGAUUUUGCUAGUAUUUGAAAUGGUAUUUUUAAUAGGUGUGGUAAGUGGGUUGGUUGAACUAAGAGACUACCUUUUUUGUUCACAGUUAUUAUGUGAUACUUAAUUUGGUUAUGCUUGUGUUUCUUGUUUGUUGGUAGUUUUUUUCCAUGAGGACCAUUUACU